GUUGGAAAUUUCGUGGAUUCAAUCUGGCAACCUCUGCCCCAGCCCUUGAGUCAGGACUCCCGCUGCUGGCUCUGGCUCGGGUUCCUCGGGAUGGCUCGCGCUGAUGAGAGCUGGAAAGUUUCGGCGUAAAGAGCGCCGCAUCCUGCGCUAUGGCUUCACCCAGCCUGCGUCCUCGGUUAACGCACACAGCUUUACUGCGAAAUGGAAGUUGUUUAAAAUGACUUUCCGUGUGUGAAGAAGACGGCUUAGGUGCACGAGCUUGCUCAGAUUUGAGGAUGCACUGGAAGCGGGUAUUUUGCGCGUUUGGGUCGGCCUUCUUACUCCCAGCUGUACUUCUGACCCUUGUAGAGAGCGCAGAAAGCGAUGUGCUGAGUGAAAUUACAGGUAGCUCUCCUCUCCAGUACGAGAUUGUUCACCCACAGAGAGUGGAUUCAGAUGGAGCUUUUAUCUCGAACCUCGUGUCCUACCGUGUGAGUCGAGUCCGACGGAGGCAGACUGUGGACAGCAUCAAAAGCCUGCCUCAUGUUUUCUACCAUUUACAAUACAAUGGCGAGGACUUGCUUUUCAACCUCACCCUGAACCCAUAUCUGCUAGCUCCUGGUUUUCUUACAGAACGGCGGUGCGGUGGCCUCCAGAGCUCCACGUUACAUUCUCCCGGCAAUUCUCUGUGCUACUUCCUUGGAGAAGUUUGGAGUGAAUCAGCUGCCAAAGGUCAAGCAGCUGUGAGCACCUGUGAUGGCUUGACAGGGCUGUUUAAACUCUCAGAGGAGGAAUUCUUCAUCAGGCCGCUGGAGCAGACACACGGAUCAGAAGCACCACAGGCUCAUGUCAUUUACAAGCGACAUACUACUGAGCACAGCAGCCAGCUGGUGCAGCCUUUAUACGAAGGGAAAACAUCCAACGGGACCUGUGCAGUCAAAGAUGUUCAGGGAAGAGGAAAUCGAGUAGAGAGACAGCGAGAACGCUGGGAGAAACGGCAUCACCGGAGGAGACGGCGCUCCAUCAGCAGGGAGAAAUGGGUGGAGACUCUUGUGGUAGCCGACCCAAAAAUGGUGGAGUACUAUGGCAAGAACGGAGUGGAGAGCUACGUCCUAGCAGUCAUGAACAUUGUUGCAGGGCUGUUUCGGGACCCGAGCAUUGGAAAUGCCAUCAAUAUCGUUGUUGUGCGUCUCAUUCUACUAGAACAAGAUGAGGAAGACUUGAAAAUCACUCACCAUGCAGACAACAGCCUCACCAGCUUCUGCAAAUGGCAAAAGCACUUGAAUAUAAAGGGAGACGAACAUCCAGUCCAUCAUGAUGUAGCUGUUCUACUUACAAGGAAAGACAUUUGCGCUUCUACCAACAAGCCAUGUGAGACGCUGGGGCUCUCUCAUGUGGCGGGAAUGUGUCAACCUCAUCGCAGCUGCAGCAUUAACGAGGACACGGGUCUGCCGCUGGCCUUCACCGUAGCACACGAGCUGGGACAUAACUUCGGGAUUGAACACGAUGGCAACAGCAAUGACUGCGAGCCAAUUGGGAAAAGGCCGUUUGUCAUGUCUCCUCAGCUCCUAUAUGGAACAUCUCCACCCAACUGGUCGCGGUGCAGCCGCCAGUACAUCACACGCUUUCUGGAUCGAGGCUGGGGCUGGUGUCUGGAUGACCCUCCUGGCAGAAACGAGCUGGCCGCUCAGUCUGUGCUACCUGGCGUUCUCUACAGCGCCACCCACCAGUGCCGCCUCCAGUAUGGCUCCAGCUCGCAGCUCUGCGAUGACAUGGACGACGUCUGCAGCACUCUGUGGUGCACUGUGGCCUCCACGUGUCACUCAAAACUGGAUGGAGCAGUGGAUGGCACCAAGUGUGGUGAAAACAAAUGGUGUUUGAACGGCGAUUGUGUACCAGCUGCAUAUCAGCCGGAGAAAGUGAACGGUGGAUGGGAGCCAUGGAGCGAGUGGUCACCCUGCACCAGGACAUGUGGCGCAGGAGUGCAGAACUCGCACAGAGACUGUAUCAAUCCCACCCCAAAGAAUGGAGGGAGAUACUGCCUCGGGGAGCGCCGCAGAUACAAGAUCUGUAACCAGGAGCCAUGCGCUCAAGGCCAACCCAGUUUCAGAUCUAUCCAGUGCAGCAAGUUUAACAGCAUCCCGUAUAAGGGCAAAUUCUUCCAAUGGGUGCACGUCAAUAACCGAAUAAAUCCAUGUGAACUGCACUGCCGCCCAGUGAACGAGUAUUUCUUACAUAAGAUGCUGGAUGCAGUAAUUGAUGGAACCCGGUGCUACGAGGGUAGCCAGAGUCGAGACAUGUGCAUUGAUGGAAUCUGUAAGAGUAUUGGCUGUGAUUAUGAGAUCGACUCCGAUGCAAUUGAGGAUCAUUGUGGAGUUUGUCAUGGCAACGGAUCCACUUGUGAAACCGUGAAGAAGACAUUUGAGGAGAGUGAAGGCCUGGGCUAUGUAGACAUUGGCUUAAUACCAGAAGGAGCACGGGACAUUCGCAUCGAGGAGGUGGCUGAAUCUGGGAACUUUCUGGCUUUACGCAGCAACAACCCAGAAAAGUAUUUUCUGAAUGGUGAUUGGACAAUCCAGUGGACCGGAGAGUACAAGGCAGCAGGGACGGUGUUCAUGUACGAGAGAACAGGCCAGUUGGAGAACCUGACUUCCCCCGGACCAACUAUGGAGCCUGUGUGGAUUCAGCUGCUCUUUCAGGAGACUAACCCAGGCGUGAGGUACCAGUACACCAUCAGUAGAGAUGUGCUGACUGAGUCCAGCAACAGAAGCCCUGUCUCUGAUUUCCAGUGGAAGCGUGGAGCAUGGACCGAGUGCAGUGCCACAUGUGGAACAGGUGUCAAGAGACAGGUUGUGCAUUGUGUCGAGCGGACGUUUGGAAUUGUGGAGAAGCAUUACUGUGACGCGUCCACUCAGCCAGACGAGAAUCGAGUAACCUGCAAUGCUGGAUUAUGCCUGGCCACAUGGUGGACUGGAGAAUGGCAGAAGUGCUCAACAAGCUGUGGGGGAUCAGGCCUGACCAAGAGAACAGUGGUGUGUAUUCGGAGUUUAGGAAUGGAUAAACACGAAGCCCUUCUGCCAUCUGAAUGCCAGCACUUGCCUAGGCCUGAGCCAAUCUCCCACUGCAACACACACAUUUCCUGUCCUGCUGACUGGACUACAGGAAACUGGUCAGAGUGCUCUGUGAGCUGCUCGACUGGCGUGCAGAGACGUGAGGUGACGUGUAGCUGGAACACCAUGGUUGACUGUGAUCCUCGAGCCAAGCCUGCUUCUUUCAAGUCAUGCAACGUUCAAGAUUGCCCCACAAACACGGAAAGUGACUGGUCUGGAAGUGGCUCGUCGAGCAGAGAAGUUUUCAACGAGAUAAAGCCGAUACUUAAACACAACCACUUACCAAAAACAGCCAAGGAAACAACAAAAGUUCAGCCACGAGGAGGUGAUACUCUCAACAGCAUAAUCGAGGGCGACUUCUCGAUUCACAAUCGAAUUGAAACGGACAAGUCAAUCAAAAACCACGUUGUAGUGGAUGACUUUUACUAUGAUUACAACUUCAUAAAGUUUCACGAGGAUCUCUCAUAUGAUUUCGACGGGGCAUCAGAUUACUCAGGAAUUCAUUUGAAGCAGGAACCCAAACCCAGUCUUAACACAGUUUACAGGGAAGGAGCAAAUCCUUCCACAGCUACCUCAUUUGCAAGCCAUACUAUGGUCCCACCAACUGGCUCCACUUCCGAGAGUCCUCGUUUUGAUCAACCGGAUGAGAGCGUCUCAGAAGAAGAUCUAGUUCUUUCAGAGGACUACUUGCUACCUGUUGGUACAACAGCCAAGCCACGCUCUACCAUCACCCGAUUCUCUCAGAAAUGGAAGGACUUAGAGGUCCCAACUCAGGACUUUGACACAAUACGGAGCCUGUUACCAAUGGAUGAGGUACCAGCUGAGGGAAUACUAACAUCAGAUGAUGCCAUAUCAAACAUUACUACAAGAUCUGAGCCUGAUAAUGAUUAUUACAGAGAGAUUCAGACAGACAAUAAUGCAACUGAGAUGCCUGGAAGUCAAAAAUACAAUAAGGGUGUGACAAAAAGUGAUGGAGAGGGUGAGGACUUGCUUGGUCAAGGGGGUACAAACCAACAGGAAGAGCCAACAUGGCAAGAUCUCCAUGCUCAUGAGGAUACAUAUAAAUGGAAUAUGGUUCAGACUAUGUUACCACUAAGUACAACCGUGGAACCAUUGACUUCCCGAUUGAAUGUUGACAUUGGUACAAAGGUUGAAACGCCCAUGGAACCAGGUUCAGACCUAGUGUACAGGAGGAUCACAACUCCGGCCCCUUUGCUUGCCUGGACAGAGAUCAGUUACAAUAAGUUCACUGCUCCUUCAUUGCCAUGGUUCAAAGAAUACACAUCCAUUGUUCCCUCAGCGUAUCCAUCUCAGGGUCCUAACAGUCAGCCUCAAGCCACCACUGAGCCUUUUAUAGUCCCCCUUCUCCCAUCUGCCUCAAAUGCCUUCUGGAUCACCAGCAACUGGAGCUCUUGUUCCACUAGCUGUGGGCUUGGCGCCAUUUGGAGGUCGGUGCACUGUAGCACCGGGAAUGACUCUGACUGUGAUAUGGCGAAGAGGCCAUUACCGGCACGACGCUGCCACCUCAGGCCAUGUGCCAUAUGGAAGGCAGGAGAGUGGAGCAAGUGCUCGAAGAACUGUGGAGGAGGCUUGAAGGUGCGAGAGAUCCAGUGUUACGACAUGCGGGAUCAGAGGCCACUGAGGCCUUUCCACUGCCAGGCCACUUCUCUGAGACCUCUCACCCACCUGUCCUGCAACAUCCAGCUCUGUCUAGACUGGUACACCUCCUCAUGGGGACAGUGUUCAGAGCUGUGUGGUGGAGGAGAGCAGCAGAGAAUGGUCACGUGUCCUGAAGAAGGGAAUUGUGAUGAGGCACAGAAGCCCAGCUCAAUUCAGCAAUGCAACACCCAGCCCUGUGCACAGUGGGUCACCGGCUCCUGGGGUCAGUGCUCAGUGUCCUGCGGUGGAGGCGUACAGCACCGUCUGGUCAAGUGUGUGAACACAAAGGCAGAGGAGGAAGAGGAGAAGGACAAGGAAGCCCAGUGUGAUCAUGAGCCCUGGCCAGAGAACACCCGCCAGUGUAACCUUCAGGACUGCGAUAGCGCCUCGUCUGGUGAGGAGUGUUUACGCGAUCGUCUGACGUUCCGCUUCUGCCAGAAGCUCCAGUGGAUCGGCCAAUGUCACCAACCUACUGUUCGAUCGCAGUGCUGCAAAACCUGUGAGCAUGGAGGCCGUGGUAAUGAGCGAGCCACCCGCCGCUGAGACAGGAGGAGGAUCUGGGAGAACUUUUUUACACCUGGGGAAUAUUGACUUUCUUUUUAGAAAAACACACACACACACACACACACACACACACUCCUACACACACCGAAUCUUGGACAAGCCUUGACCAAAGCUUUGUUUCCUCUGACCUGCAGAAUCCUUCUGACGUACCAAGGCUUUAUCCUUGAUUCUGUAGCAGUAAAUCAAGACUACGUAGAUGUUGUAGCACUUGUCUGAGUUUUUAGCAUUAAUGAAGCACCUCAGAUGAAUAACAGUGUUUAGUAGCAUUGAUUAACUAAUUCUAGACAUUAAAAUUCACAUUAGCAUAUUGAAAACCUUCAUAGACAGCAGACAUGGAGGAUUUCACAUACCACCGGGAUACUGAGUAAAGAUAAGGAAGUGCCGAAUUUGCAUCGUCAUCUAUCCUGUAGCAAUAAUUCACUCGUUCUUCGAUCUUUUUAGAUUAAUUCAUCUUUAUUUUCAGUUCAACAUACAUAACCCAAGCAAUAGCAAGUAAUUAUGCCAUUUUUUCCCACCAUCUUAUUGUUUUUUUACUCAUAAACUUACAAUAAGGACAUUCAUGAAUUUCUGUCUAGCAUUCUAGAUAAGCAUGUAGUUCUGUUUUAUUAAACUUCUUUCUUAUAAGAUGAGCUGCAAGCUCAAACAAUGCUUUCUACUGAUCGCAGCUAUUAUCUAAUCAAUGUAUAAACCUAGAGGAAGUGUAAAGAAAAAGUGCUGCCGAAAAAACGACUGGUGCUAUGGGCCGCUUCAUGGCCCAAACUCAAAUCAGGGGGUUUGUGGGCCGGCGUCUUCGUCUACUUGAAAAAAAAGGAUCUGAUAUGACUGUGUGUUAAAAAGCAUUCAGUUUUACAUUGGUACUAAAUAUCAAUUGGGAAAAUGAUGCCUAUGCGAAUUGUAUGUCAUUGCAUUGUUUUGGGAAAUUAGUUCUAAAUGUUAAAAGAGCAUUAGUGUGUUUUUGGUCUUGAAAGUCACAUUUGUGAAAUUUGCAAUCCUCAGGUGAAUUUAUCCAUCCUUGCAUCCAUCUUCUAUAGCACUUAUCCUACAGGGUUGCAGGGAACCUGGAGCCUAUCCCAGGGAGCAUUGGGCAGGGUGCCAAUCCAUCAUUGCAGGGCACACUCACAUUCACACACCCACUCAUACACUGAUUGGACAUGCCAAUCAGCCUACCAAUGUCCAACGUCUUUGGACUGGGGGAGGAAACCGGAGUGCCCAGACGAAACCCCCGUGCUUCGGGGGUUUCGUCCGGGUACACGCAAACUCCGCAGCAGCAGGAAUGGAACCCCCAACCCAGGAGGUGUGAGGCGAUCGUGCAAACCACUAAGCCAUAGUGUGCCCAGGUGAAUUUAUCAUCCCACUUUUUUACAUUGCAGUAUUAUUUAUGUAUUGUAUAGUAUGCAUCAGUUAGAUAGGAAAGCUUGACAUUAUCUCACCACGUACAAGCCUAUUUCAAAACAAUUUAAUCUUUAAGGCAAGACACUACAGGUAGAAAUGAACGUUUCGGUCAUGCCAAACAUUUUCCAGAUUUCUGAGUAAAUUGUAUAAAAUGUUCACUCUUAUACUGUAGUAAUACAAAUGUCAAAACAACCGAAAAAUGUUUAUUUCACUGUUUCAGUCCACUCCACCAUGUCUGAUCGGAAACUUAUCUGCCUUACCUUAACAAAGGCCUUAAGCUCCACCCACUCCACAAUUACGUUGUCAUAUAUCCUAGAAAAGCUUGUUUCCUCAUAUGUCAAUUGAGGAUAUUAACCUUAGGAAAUCACACUUGUUUGUGUGCAAAUACAUGAAAUCACAUUUAUUUAUUAAUGUCUUUCCCCUCGAAAUAUAUAUUUUUUUUUUCCUAUAUUCAGAACCAAAAAUAACUCGCAUUCAUGAAAAUGUACUUGUUCCCCUAAUUAAAAACUUAUUAUAGAGGAUUUUCCCCUGAUGUUCAUAACUGUUGGAUUUUGUAAGUGAUUUAUAUGUAAUUUUAUACUGAAAAAGACAUUAAAGAAACAAUUUUAAAUCAAUACAUUGUACCUUUUUUUUUAUAAUAACAAAUAAAUGAUUUUACAACAAAUGUUAUGUAAAAGCCCCACUGAAGAGUGUGUUCAUAAUGAAAUGAACGUUUUAAUAUUAACAUCAUCCAAAGACAAGAUUUUGGGUUUUAUAAACUAUGCAAAUGUAUAUGUGUAUUUAAUUAGAUUGAGCCUCAUUUUCAUAAAUACAUGCAAAGUGUUGAAUAUAAUCUAAUACAAAAUAGAAAAAAAAAUACUCGUAAGACUCUCAGCAUGAAACUACAUCUAUUGUUUGUAAUAAUAAUCAUCAUCAUAUUAAUAAUAAUAAUAAUAAUAAUAAUAAUAAUAAUAAUAAUGAUGAUAAUAAUAAUAAUACUUAUGAACCAUUCAUCUGUAGUGUCUUGCCUUUGUGGUAAUUUUAUGGUAAUUAUGGUGUUUUUUCAUUAUUAUUAUAUUGUAUUUGCAGCACUCACACAUCUGAUGCUAUUCACAGAGGCUGCAAUAAGCUUUUUUUUUUUUUGUCUUUGAUCCUUAUGUCUGUUGGGAUUGUGUUUUGUUUGUUUGUUUGUUUGUUUUUCCUCUCAGCUUUUAAUCAUCAUUAUGCUUGAUGCAUAAUUACCACACAUUUGCUAAGAUUUAGUUGUACUCUUCUGGGAGUCUUUGAGACCAGAACUUGUCAUAACCAGUGAGAACAAUUAACACACACACACACACACACAAAAAUUAUACAUGUAUACACCAAAGAACUGUCUUGAAUACUAUCUACAAUUGAUCAUUAUAGCUCUGCUUUAUUGUAGUAUUUUUUUAUAUCUUUAAAUUGGAACGUGUCAUGGUAUAGUUCACAUUUUUUGCGUGAUAUUUUCAUGCGAUCUCAUGGCCUUAUCAGCUUCAAAGUGUUUUUGCUCAUGCUGUUCCAGACCUCAGAUCCCCUAAAGAGAGAAGUCUGGCCUUAAGGAAAAAACACUAAUGAUGUUUCCUUUAGAGAUAGAACUGCUCAGUGCUGUGACUUACAUCUCAGCUUAUGUUAUGCUCAUGAAUUUGAAUCAACAUGUACUGAAGUAAGAUAUAUUCAUCUUGGACUUGUAUUAUUGGCAUCGGGAUAUAACGUGUUUUUUUUUUAUUAUUAUUAUUAUUAUUAUUAUUAUUAUUAUUUUUAAAUCUGGUUAUUAAAGAACCUACCUGGUUAAUAAAUGUCGUAAAACUGACCUUUAAAUGAUGCAAAUCUUUCCUUUUUUCUUGAUACACGUUAGAUGUUGUAUUUUGACCAUUUUGCCAUCUUCCGUUUUCUUUUUAUUUGGAGGUGGUACAAAGACUCAUGACUCCUUUUGUUUCUUUUUGUGCAUUUUGAGCCAAAAAUUUUUGAUUUAACAGUUAAUAAAAUCAACAACUUUGGAACUUUA